AUGGCCACGACGGUUCACCACCCAAGGUACGGUGAUCGGCCGCCAUCGCGAAAUGAAUUACUGCGGGCUGAUGGUGAAUUACUAGCAAUUGUCUAUUGUUUCAUCAGAUGCGUUGAGGGAAUCGUUGCGCCGCCAAUCGGAACAGGCGGCGACUCGCCGGUGCCGGCCAGGGACUGGUCGGAGCUGCCGCUGGACGCCCUCGCGUCGAUCUUCGUCAAGCUCGGCGCCAUCGAGAUCCUGAUGGGCACGGGCCUCGUGUGCCGCUCCUGGCUCCAGGCCGCGGAGCUGCCCGAGCUGUGGCGGUUCGUGGACAUGGCGCGCCACAAGGUGGUGGACGACAUCUCCGACAACAUGGAAGCAUUUCGCGUCUCUCCUGUGGAACCAAAGAUCAACUGUGACGUCCUGUGCGCCAUGGCAAGAGUCGCCGUAUACCGCUCCCGUGGGAAGCUGGAUGUGUUCGUGGCCAAGUGGUUCGUCACCGAUCAACUCUUGGAGUACAUCAGCAACAGUUCAUCAGCAUCGUAG